AGCUGAAUCUGAAAAAAUAACCAACCAUGCCCUGGUCCGCCGCACUCCCUCAGGCGAUGUUCGCCCAUCCCCUAGUCUCCAUCGUGACGCCCAUCGCGACGGGUUCUCUAGUCGGGUACCAUACCAACCGCAAAGGCCGCACCAAACAAACCUACCACUCUCUCAAAAAACCCCCUCUCUACCCACCAACCUGGGCCUUCCCCGUCGUCUGGACCGUCCUCUACGGCAUGAUGGGUUUCGCCAUCCACCACGCAACAGUAUCAGGAACCAUAGCCGGCGAAUACCCCCCUUCACUAUCAUCACCAUCAUCAAUAGUCCAAGACUGGACCGUCAAGUCCCAAACGCUAUACAUCUCUCAACUGGCGUUGAACCACCUCUGGAUGCCGCUGUUCUUCAUGUUCCGGAAGCCGGCGUGGGCGUUGGCAGAUCUGCUGCUUCUGAGUGGGAAUGUGGCGGCGUUGAUGCAUAUCUGGUGGAAACAUGACCGGGUGGCUUUUUGGUUGAUGACGCCGUAUGCGGCUUGGUUGGGGGUGGCGACGUAUUUGAAUGCUGGGGUGGGGAUUUUGAAUAAUUGGGUGAUUGGGGGUGAGAGGAGGAAGGAGGAGUGAUUUUGAUGGAUGGUUCUAUGGAGUACUAUAUGUGUGUAUGUGUAUGUGUAUGUUUAUGGGUGUUUUGAGGCGUGGGUUGAAUUUGGAUUGAUUGUGUAAGAUAUAUAUAUUGGUUCGAGAAAAUAGUUGUACUACUAUUGAUUUGAAUCCAGUUUGAUGAAGUGUU